GAAAAUUUCUCCCUCUCCUUCGCACUUUCCUCCCCUGCAAUCCACCAUCAUCGUCAAUCUCGGUCACUUGGGUGCAGACCUUUUUUUGGAGAGUCUUCUUGUCUUUCCCCUCGAGGCGGGUUUUGGAUUGCCUUUCUCUUUUUACUAUCCUCUAUCCUCACUUCCACUCUCGUUCUCUCGUUUCCUGGAAACUCUUUUCUUUUGCGGCCGUGAAACUCGACAGGUCAGGUCCCAUCUGUCGUCCAUUCUUUCACCGCGCCCCUCUUUUGGCGAAACGACACCAGCGUGUCGACUGUCUUGAGCAUUACGACGACGCGACAACUCCCAUUCCUGCAUCACACCAUGGCGCAGGCACGAGACACGGGAUUCAACCCCUCCUCACCUCACUCUUCGAGCGGCGGCGCCGACUCGUACAAGCAUGAAGGUACUCCGGAUACCAGAUUGACCGCCUUCUCACCGGAUGACAAUUCGGCGAGAUCCAACAAGCUGCUCAACCGGACCCUGACCCUCGGCACCGCUACCUCCCAGGAUGCACAUUCUCACCAUUUCCAUUCGCACAACUCAUCCGAUGGGUACUCUGUAGCCCCAGCCAGUGGCUCAGACAAGGAUCCCUUUAUUUCCACCUCGUCCAUCUCCAAGCCGGACCAGAAACUGUCACCUACGGCCUCCUCAUUCCUUCCUGUUUCUGUUUCCGGCCCCCUGGUCGCCCACGGUUCUGUCAACGGGGCACAGAAUGGAAUGCAGGGUUUACUGAACGCCGUGCAACCUUCCUAUACCAAGCAGCACGGCUUCAAGGCCGCGGACAGGCUCAGCACUGAUCUUAAUCUCUCCCGUUACCUUGUCUUUUACUCGUCCCAGCCGAUGAGGGUCGCUGGUGUUGAGGAGUAUCUCCAGAAGCUGGAGAGACUUGGUUCGCCUUUGCAGGGCAAACACCAUGCCGUCCAAGAGGGAGGCAGAGUCUUGCUUCGUCUGACAGACAUCCGUGAUGCUCGCAAAGUCCACGACAAUGUUCAACUAGGCAAUCCCGAAUGGCGUGCAACAUACAUUGCGCCUGUUGACUUUUUCCACAUUGCAUAUCCGGGUACUUCGGUUGACCCAGUCUCUGAAGGGCAGCUCCUGGUUCUCGCCUUUCCGGGUUCGGGUUACGCUUUUCCCUAUGCCCAGUCUCAGGUGGAGGCAAUCGUCUACAACUUUCUCCAGGCUGAGGGGGAGUUGUUUGCCUUCCAGCGUCUGAAUGAUUCAACCCAAGGUCUCUUCAAGGCCAUUGCGGAGUUCUCUGACGUCGACGUGGCCGUUGCCGUUGUUUCCAAGUUCAACGGUUUCACUGUCAAUGGUAUUCAGCUACUGCUGACUUUGUGCCAGCCGGACACACCAGCUCUGGGUCUCGCAUCAGCGGAUGCCUAUAAUCCUCCCCGAUCUCAGGUGCAAGAUAUCACCAACAUCUUCCAGAACAUGAGUGUUGCCAGAACUCCCCAGUCAACCCGUCCUUUGGUUGGUGGUGGACGCGCCACUCAAUCGCCUGCAAGCAUUUCUGUUCCCCAGCAGCAGAUUGCAAUGUAUCCGGUGGUUUACCAAACUCCCAUCAACAGUGGUAACCGCUAUGUACUCGAUCAGACCCCUACCCGCGGCCAUAGCGUUGCACCUCUGACUCCUCUGACGCCGAUGAGUGGUGGGGCCUCUGUGAUGAAUUCCUCCAUUUACACGCCGCCCGCUACGCCAAUGGCCAUGCAGAACGACUAUACCAGUCCUCGGAGCAUGCAGCAGUUUGGACGACCGGAUAGCCGUCGUCAGAAUGCCAUGCGUGUCUCCAGAUCGCCGUACCAUAACGUGGCUGGACAUCAUAACCACGUUGAUGCCAACCGCAUUCGGGAGGGUAUCGACGUCAGAACCACGAUCAUGCUUCGCAACAUUCCCAACAAGGUCGAUCAAGCCAUGCUCAAGCGAAUCAUUGAUGAGUCAAGCUGGGGCAAGUACGAUUUCAUGUACUUGCGCAUCGACUUUGCCAAUGACUGCAAUGUCGGAUAUGCGUUCAUCAAUUUUGUCGAUCCCUUGGAUAUCGUCGACUUUGUCAAUGCUCGGGGCAACCAGCGCUGGAACUGCUUCAAGAGUGACAAGAUUGCGGAGAUAUCAUAUGCUACCAUCCAAGGAAAGGACUGCCUCGUCCAGAAGUUCCGCAACAGCUCAGUCAUGCUCGAGGCGCCCCACUAUCGACCCAAGUUGUAUUUCACGUCCAACGGCCCCAGACCUGACCUCGCUGGACAAGAAGAGCCAUUCCCUGAGCCGGACAAUCAGUCCAAGAUGAAGCGCAGCUGCGAGAAUGCUGAGCACGUCGGUCUGUUUACCCCGAACGCGGGUCAACACUUCCGUGACGAGCAGCGUCGUCGUCGCUCGCAGUACGAUCGUGGCACCAGACUUGCGGCUCUGGAGGAGUACGACUACGACACUCAGACCCAACCGCAGGCCAUCUAUCCGGCUCAGUAACUGGUCGCUAUGGGCCAAAGUUGCCGUAAGCGUGCAAACAGGACCGAGCUUCAAUAUCAUCAGACAACACGAAAAACAGCUCGAG